AUGUGCGAGAAGCGACAGACGCGAGACACCAGGACAGACGCGAGACACCAGGACAGACGCGAGACACCAGGACAGACGCGAGACACCAGGACAGACGCGAGACACCAGGACAGACGCGAGACACCAGGACAGACGCGAGACACCAGGACAGACGCGAGACACCAGGACAGACGCGAGACACCAGGACAGACGCGAGACACCAGGACAGACGCGAGACACCAGGACAGACGCGAGACACCAGGACAGACGCGAGACACCAGGACAGACGCGAGACACCAGGACAGACGCGAGACACCAGGACAGACGCGAGACACCAGGACAGACGCGAGACAGGACACGCCACAGGACAGACGCGAGACACCAGGACAGACGCGAGACACCAGGACAGACGCGAGACACCAGGACAGACGCGAGACACCAGGACAGACGCGAGACACCAGGACAGACGCGAGACACCAGGACAGACGCGAGACACCAGGACAGACGCGAGACACCAGGACAGACGCGAGACACCAGGACAGACGCGAGACACCAGGACAGACGCGAGACACCAGGACAGACGCGAGACACCAGGACAGACGCGAGACACCAGGACAGACGCGAGACACCAGGACAGACGCGAGACACCAGGACAGACGCGAGACACCAGGACAGACGCGAGACACCAGGACAGACGCGAGACACCAGGACAGACGCGAGACACCAGGACAGACGCGAGACACCAGGACAGACGCGAGACACCAGGACAGACGCGAGACACCAGGACAGACGCGAGACACCAGGACAGACGCGAGACACAGGACAGACGCAGACACAGACGCGAGACACCAGGACAGACGCGAGACACCAGGACAGACGCGAGACACCAGGACAGACGCGAGACACCAGGACAGACGCGAGACACCAGGACAGACGCGAGACACCAGGACAGACGCGAGACACCAGGACAGACGCGAGACACCAGGACAGACGCGAGACACCAGGACAGACGCGAGACACCAGGACAGACGCGAGACACCAGGACAGACGCGAGACACCAGGACAGACGCGAGACACCAGGACAGACGCGAGACACCAGGACAGACGCGAGACACCAGGACAGACGCGAGACACCAGGACAGACGCGAGACACCAGGACAGACGCGAGACACCAGGACAGACGCGAGACACCAGGACAGACGCGAGACACCAGGACAGACGCGAGACACCACAGACAGACAGACAGCGAGACACCAGACAGACGGACCAGGACAGACGCGAGACACCAGGACAGACGCGAGACACCAGGACAGACGCGAGACACCAGGACAGACGCGAGACACCAGGACAGACGCGAGACACCAGGACAGACGCGAGACACCAGGACAGACGCGAGACACCAGGACAGACGCGAGACACCAGGACAGACGCGAGACACCAGGACAGACGCGAGACACCAGGACAGACGCGAGACACCAGGACAGACGCGAGACACCAGGACAGACGCGAGACACCAGGACAGACGCGAGACACCAGGACAGACGCGAGACACCAGGACAGACGCGAGACACCAGGACAGACGCGAGACACCAGGACAGACACAGACAGACACAACCGAGACAGGACAGACGCGAGACACCAGGACAGACGCGAGACACCAGGACAGACGCGAGACACCAGGACAGACGCGAGACACCAGGACAGACGCGAGACACCAGGACAGACGCGAGACACCAGGACAGACGCGAGACACCAGGACAGACGCGAGACACCAGGACAGACGCGAGACACCAGGACAGACGCGAGACACCAGGACAGACGCGAGACACCAGGACAGACGCGAGACACCAGGACAGACGCGAGACACCAGGACAGACGCGAGACACCAGGACAGACGCGAGACACCAGGACAGACGCGAGACACCAGGACAGACGCGAGACACCAGGACAGACGCGAGACACCAGGACAGACGCGAGACACCAGGACAGACGCGAGACACCAGGACAGACGCGAGACACCAGGACAGACGCGAGACACCAGGACAGACGCGAGACACCAGGACAGACGCGAGACACCAGGACACCGAGACACAGGACAGACGCGAGACACCAGGACAGACGCGAGACACCAGGACAGACGCGAGACACCAGGACAGACGCGAGACACCAGGACAGACGCGAGACACCAGGACAGACGCGAGACACCAGGACAGACGCGAGACACCAGGACAGACGCGAGACACCAGGACAGACGCGAGACACCAGGACAGACGCGAGACACCAGGACAGACGCGAGACACCAGGACAGACGCGAGACACCAGGACAGACGCGAGACACCAGGACAGACGCGAGACACGGACACAGGACAGACGCGAGACACCAGGACAGACACGAGACACCAGGACAGACACGAGACACCAGGACAGACACGAGACACCAGGACAGACACGAGACACCAGGACAGACACGAGACACCAGGACAGACGCGAGACACCAGGACAGACGCGAGACACCAGGACAGACGCGAGACACCAGGACAGACGCGAGACACCAGGACAGACGCGAGACACCAGGACAGACGCGAGACACCAGGACAGACGCGAGACACCAGGACAGACGCGAGACACCAGGACAGACGCGAGACACCAGGACAGACGCGAGACACCAGGACAGACGCGAGACACCAGGACAGACGCGAGACACCAGGACAGACGCGAGACACCAGGACAGACGCGAGACACCAGGACAGACGCGAGACACCAGGACAGACGCGAGACACCAGGACAGACGCGAGACACCAGGACAGACGCGAGACACCAGGACAGACGCGAGACACCAGGACAGACGCGAGACACCAGGACAGACGCGAGACACCAGGACAGACGCGAGACACCAGGACAGACGCGAGACACCAGGACAGACGCGAGACACCAGGACAGACGCGAGACACCAGGACAGACGCGAGACACCAGGACAGACGCGAGACACCAGGACAGACGCGAGACACCAGGACAGACGCGAGACACCAGGACAGACGCGAGACACCAGGACAGACGCGAGACACCAGGACAGACGCGAGACACCAGGACAGACGCGAGACACCAGGACAGACGCGAGACACCAGGACAGACGCGAGACACCAGGACAGACGCGAGACACCAGGACAGACGCGAGACACCAGGACAGACGCGAGACACCAGGACAGACGCGAGACACCAGGACAGACGCGAGACACCAGGACAGACGCGAGACACCAGGACAGACGCGAGACACCAGGACAGACGCGAGACACCAGGACAGACGCGAGACACCAGGACAGACGCGAGACACCAGGACAGACGCGAGACACCAGGACAGACGCGAGACACCAGGACAGACGCGAGACACCAGGACAGACGCGAGACACCAGGACAGACGCGAGACACCAGGACAGACGCGAGACACCAGGACAGACGCGAGACACCAGGACAGACGCGAGACACCAGGACAGACGCGAGACACCAGGACAGACGCGAGACACCAGGACAGACGCGAGACACCAGGACAGACGCGAGACACCAGGACAGACGCGAGACACCAGGACAGACGCGAGACACCAGGACAGACGCGAGACACCAGGACAGACGCGAGACACCAGGACAGACGCGAGACACCAGGACAGACGCGAGACACCAGGACAGACGCGAGACACCAGGACAGACGCGAGACACCAGGACAGACGCGAGACACCAGGACAGACGCGAGACACCAGGACAGACGCGAGACACCAGGACAGACGCGAGACACCAGGACAGACGCGAGACACCAGGACAGACGCGAGACACCAGGACAGACGCGAGACACCAGGACAGACGCGAGACACCAGGACAGACGCGAGACACCAGGACAGACGCGAGACACCAGGACAGACGCGAGACACCAGGACAGACGCGAGACACCAGGACAGACGCGAGACACCAGGACAGACGCGAGACACCAGGACAGACCGAGACACCAGGACAGACACGAGACACCAGGACAGACACGAGACACCAGGACAGACACGAGACACCAGGACAGACACGAGACACCAGGACAGACACGAGACACCAGGACAGACACGAGACACCAGGACAGACGCGAGACACCAGGACAGACGCGAGACACCAGGACAGACGCGAGACACCAGGACAGACGCGAGACACCAGGACAGACGCGAGACACCAGGACAGACGCGAGACACCAGGACAGACGCGAGACACCAGGACAGACGCGAGACACCAGGACAGACGCGAGACACCAGGACAGACGCGAGACACCAGGACAGACGCGAGACACCAGGACAGACGCGAGACACCAGGACAGACGCGAGACACCAGGACAGACGCGAGACACCAGGACAGACGCGAGACACCAGGACAGACGCGAGACACCAGGACAGACGCGAGACACCAGGACAGACGCGAGACACCAGGACAGACGCGAGACACCAGGACAGACGCGAGACACCAGGACAGACGCGAGACACCAGGACAGACGCGAGACACCAGGACAGACGCGAGACACCAGGACAGACGCGAGACACCAGGACAGACGCGAGACACCAGGACAGACGCGAGACACCAGGACAGACGCGAGACACCAGGACAGACGCGAGACACCAGGACAGACGCGAGACACCAGGACAGACGCGAGACACCAGGACAGACGCGAGACACCAGGACAGACGCGAGACACCAGGACAGACGCGAGACACCAGGACAGACGCGAGACACCAGGACAGACGCGAGACACCAGGACAGACGAGACCAGACAGACACCAGGACAGACGCGAGACACCAGGACAGACGCGAGACACCAGGACAGACACGAGACACCAGGACAGACGCGAGACACCAGGACAGACGCGAGACACCAGGACAGACGCGAGACACCAGGACAGACGCGAGACACCAGGACAGACGCGAGACACCAGGACAGACGCGAGACACCAGGACAGACGCGAGACACCAGGACAGACGCGACACAGGACACCGAGGACAGGACAGACGCGAGACACCAGGACAGACGCGAGACACCAGGACAGACGCGAGACACCAGGACAGACGCGAGACACCAGGACAGACGCGAGACACCAGGACAGACGCGAGACACCAGGACAGACGCGAGACACCAGGACAGACGCGAGACACCAGGACAGACGCGAGACACCAGGACAGACGCGAGACACCAGGACAGACACGAGACACCAGGACAGACGCGAGACACCAGGACAGACGCGAGACACCAGGACAGACACGAGACACCAGGACAGACGUGAGACACCAGGACAGACACGAGACACCAGGACAGACGUGAGACACCAGGACAGACACGAGACACCAGGACAGACACGAGACACCAGGACAGACACGAGACACCAGGACAGACCGAGACACCAGGACAGACGCGAGACACCAGGACAGACGCGAGACACCAGGACAGACACGAGACACCAGGACAGACGUGAGACACCAGGACAGACACGAGACACCAGGACAGACACGAGACACCAGGACAGACGCGAGACACCAGGACAGACGCGAGACACCAGGACAGACGCGAGACACCAGGACAGACGCGAGACACCAGGACAGACGCGAGACACCAGGACAGACGCGAGACACCAGGACAGACGCGAGACACCAGGACAGACGCGAGACACCAGGACAGACGCGAGACACCAGGACAGACGCGAGACACCAGGACAGACGCGAGACACCAGGACAGACGCGAGACACCAGGACAGACGCGAGACACCAGGACAGACGAGACACCGGACAGACACCAGGACAGACGCGAGACACCAGGACAGACGCGAGACACCAGGACAGACGCGAGACACCAGGACAGACGCGAGACACCAGGACAGACGCGAGACACCAGGACAGACGCGAGACACCAGGACAGACGCGAGACACCAGGACAGACGCGAGACACCAGGACAGACGCGAGACACCAGGACAGACACGAGACACCAGGACAGAGUCGUGUGA